CAAAAAUGCAAUGCAGAAAGGUUAUAACCUUAACACAGUCACGUGUAAAUGAGAGUGUGGUAUUUACUAAUCUCUAGUAGCCGGUGGAAUAUCAGCAAAAACAUUUAUCCACAAUUUUGAAGUUAUGGCUAAGGGUCAUAAGCACUUGAAGCGGUUAAAAUCAGAAAAGUCGAAAGUAAAAUUGAAGAGUAAAACGAAUCAGCUACCGAAGAACUUAAAUGUUACGGAUACAUCGUUCACAGCGAAAAAAAUUGUGAUACAGAAACAAUUAAAGCAUCAUGAUGACACUGAAAUUCUCAGCACUCGUAAGCUCAAUAUCAAGGAACUAUUGAUGCGUCUUCGACAUCAUAAUGUAACAGUGCGAACAGAAGCAUUGAGAGAACUGAAGGAAAUCUUGUUAAUACAUCCACCAAAAACCCUGCAUUCAGAAUUAGGCUCUUUAAUCCGUGGAAUAGCAUCUUUAUCUCUUGAUAAAGAGAAAAAUGUACGGAGAAACUCGACAAGCGCGCUGCAAUUAAUUCUUGAAUGUAUUUCGAAGGAACAGCUGAUACCAUAUCUCGAUGUUUUAACCUCUUACUUAAAUUGUGCCAUGACGCAUAUUAAUCCACAUAUAAAGGAGGACUCUUUGCAUUACUUAGAUGUUCUCGUGCACAAUUGUGGUAAUAUGCUUAUGAAAGAUAGUCAUAAAAUAUUAUCCAAUUUUUUGGGCAUGAUAUGUAGAUUACACGGUGAUAUUAAGCGCAGUGGACAAUUGACAACACUACCAAAUUCUAAAAGCACUAGUGUAAGGUGGAGGAUUCAAGUUUUGGAACGUUUGGCUAAUAUGUUUAAAUGUAUCCUAAGUGACGAGGAAUUUGACAGAACCAUGCGUUCAAGUACGAUAAAGCGAGAAGUGCGAAAUUAUGUCAGAUUUAUUCCAAUCUUUUCUAAUAGUCCAGCCAAAACUUGUGAGAUCGAUUUUAACGACGAUUUAAACUUGAUAACAACAACAGGAAGAGCUUUAUCCAAGAUAGAAUUCAUCCAAUAUGUAGACACAUUGAUGCCAUUGAUGUUUGACAUUUGGCUCGAAGUAUGUCCACAUGAGAAGCUUGAGAAUUACACGGAGAUUACGAUCUCCAGCGAGACGGCCGCGUUAUUGAAAAGUAUCGUUAGAAUUAUACAGUCAAUUAUCGAGUACAUCGAUACGUUGGAUCACGAUGAUUACGACGAUGACCAGGAUACAAAGUGUUGGUUUAUACAUAAAUUUCAUGAAUCAUACAUGAAGAAUUUCCUGUCGAAAUUUCCGUACAAUAAAGCGGGAGAAUUUGCCAACAAAUCUAGGAAAUGUCAAGAAGAUUAUUCCGGGAUGAAAUCUAGCGAGAGCUAUUUAGAACAGAAUUUGGGGCUUUGCCGGAUUCAUAUAUGGUGUACGUCUAUAAUUAGCCAUAAGAAAUUUCCUGAUUGUGUCAAAAAGAAUUGUUUAUCCGUCAUUAAAUAUUUGAAUGACAAUAUUGAAAACUGGUACAUCAAUGACUCGUCUGUGUUAUUGCAACUGACCAAGCUAUUGAGAACUCUGUUUUUAACAGCGAGUUCAGCUUGGCAUGUAAAUGGCAUUGAUCUAAGCCGUACUUUGCAACUGAUUGUCGAAACGUCCUCUGAUCUACCUAAGAAUGAGUUGCAAUCAGACUUGUCCAUAAUCAUCGGUAACAUUAUAUUGGAAUGUAACUUGAAUGAAUUACGCAGAGAAGAGGCAUUCAAAAAGUAUGUCGCAACUUUACCAAGCUUACUGUUGAGGCCAAGCAUAAACGAAGCCACAAUUCGUAUGAUCAGUAAAAUAGCUCUGUGUUUCAAAGAAUGGAUUCGAGAGGAACUUACGACAAAACAGGAGGCUAUUAUAGAGAAUGCUAAGAAAAUCAACAUCAUAGGCUCGCAAGACGAUCAAACAUCAAGACUUAUGAUUCUCAAUCUAUUUUACUUCAUAGACGCAGAACUUUACUACUAACAUAUGUACAAUUAAUUUGUUAAAGCUGAUUAAACUGAUUGAAUUUGAA